CAACAACGAAUCCCUCCCUUUCUGCCCUCUUCUCCUCAAUUUCGUUUUUCUGCUCUUUUCCCCCUCUUUCUUUCAUGUGAAUCAACCCCAAAUUAGCUGAACCCACUUGCUCUGUUCCCCCAAUUCCAGAGUCAAUCCUCCAAAAGUUUUCGACUUUGGUGAAAAAUUAAUCGCUUCACGACCUAUCUCUCGCCCCCAUUUUGUUUGAUAGCCUUUGUCUGUCUGUCGAGAAUGGAGAAGAAAAAGUACCCUAUUGGCCGUGAGCAUUAUGAGUUGUACGAGGAGAUCGGUCAGGGUGUGAGCGCCACCGUUCGCAGGGCUAAGUGCAUCCCCUUCGGCGAGAUCGUCGCCAUCAAGAUCCUCGAUUUCGAGCGGGACAACGUCGAUUUGGUGAAUAUUUCUAGGGAGGUACAAACAAUGAUCCUCGUGGACCAUAAUAAUGUCCUGAAAUCGCACUGCUCCUUUGUUAGCGACCACAAUCUAUGGGUGGUGAUGCCGUACAUGGCAGGAGGUUCUUGUCUUCACAUAUUGAAGGCAGCUUUUCCCGAUGGGUUCGAGGAAGUAGUCAUAGCCACCAUACUCCGGGAGGUGUUGAAGGGUCUGGAGUAUCUUCAUCAUCAUGGCCACAUUCAUCGAGAUGUUAAAGCUGGCAACGUUCUCAUUGAUGGACGAGGUGCAGUAAAGCUGGGAGAUUUUGGUGUUUCUGCUUCCCUUUUUGACUCGGGUGAUAGGAAACGUAUGAGAAAUACAUUUGUUGGGACUCCGUGCUGGAUGGCACCAGAAGUUAUGGAACAACUACAUGGAUAUGACUUCAAGGCUGAUAUUUGGUCUUUUGGGAUAACUGGUUUAGAGCUUGCCCAUGGGCAUGCUCCUUUCUCCAAAUAUCCUCCAAUGAAGGUGUUGCUCAUGACUCUCCAAAAUGCUCCCCCAGGUCUCGACUAUGAAAGAGAUAAGAAGUUUUCUAAAUCCUUCAAGCAGAUGAUUGCCAGUUGCUUGGUGAAAGAUCCCUCGAAACGGCCUUCGGCAAAGAAAUUAUUAAAGCAUUCAUUUUUCAAGCAAGCCAGAUCCAGUGACUAUCUAUCACGGACACUUCUAGAGGGAUUGCCUGUUCUUGGUGAUCGUAUUAUGGCAUUGAAGAGGAAGGAAGAGGAUAUGCUCGCACAAAAGAAAAUGCCCGAUGGGGAGAUGGAGGAAAUAUCACAGAAUGAAUACAAACGAGGAAUUAGUGGUUGGAAUUUCAACCUUGAAGACGUGAAAGCUCAGGCUUCUUUGAUCCCAGACGACGACAUAGUUGCUGAUAAUUGUCGAAGUGGAAGCUCAAGUUCUUUGUCAGCACUUGAUGGGCAUGAUAAACAAUAUGAAUCGCAGGCCACGUCUGUCAGACAGAUUGUCGAAUCGGAUGAAAUUGACUUGGUACGACUUCGCCCUGUUCCUCUUCAAACAGUAAACUCAUCUGUUAACAUUACAAAAAUCAGUGGUGAGAAAUCUGAUGAUGAGUACAGCCUUCCAAGUCCAUCUGGUUCAGUUUCACAGCUCUGUUCUCCUCGAUUUGUUGACAACAAUGCUACGGAAAGGCCCACUUUUGAGAUAAAUACAAAAAUUCCCGAGAGCAUGCCGAUUUAUUCCCAAAACAAAUUGAUAGGUCCCGGUAGCCUUAGCUUCAAUUUCUGUGAUCCUGUUGUUCCACAAAGCAAAGGGGACAGUGAUAAAUUGGUCGGCCAACUCCCAAGAAUUCCAUCAUGCAAUGGCUCAACAGUGGCGUUCGAUGGUGAAGUCAAAUUACCAGGCACUAGUGAAGAAUCAGACGAGAAAACGAAGCCACCAGUUGUUCAACAAAAAGGACGUUUCAAAGUUACGUCAGAGAAUGUAGAUAUAGAAAAGGCAGCACCAUCCCCGUUGCUGCAGAAAAGCCACAGCAUGCAGAUAAGGGGUUCAGCUGGUGAAACUAGCCUUUCUGUGAAAACAAGCGUGAUCACUCCAGUUCCUGGGGUUCCUCUAUCGCCAACGCCAGAAGGCACAUCCUCAAGUCUUUCGGUUUACUCUGUAUUUCCACUCUUACAGUCCGUUUUACAGGCGAACAUCGCUCAAAGAGACACCAUCCUUGGUAUAAUGAAGCAGUUGUCCAACUGUGAAACUACAGCCCUUCGUGGCCCUGAGGGAGGAUCGGCACUACAACUUGCUUCCAUGGAGAAAUCUUUGAUGGAAACAAUGCAUGAAAGGGAGAAAGAAUUGGUUCUUGAAGUAACAGACCUAAGAUGGAGGCUGACAUGUGCCCAGGAAGAACUCCAGAAGUACAAAACAGAAAAUGCCCAGAUAUUAAGUAGCAGCAAAGUGGAAGCAGAACAAGUGCCACAACUACGGCAUCUUGUCAAUGGAAUCAAAGAAGAAGCUACUAUUAGUCAUCAGGGAACGGAUAACACUAGCUCUAACGCAGCUCUAGCCGCCGCGGCAGCAAGAAAGCCUAAUAUAUUGAGUAGAGUUGUGAGUAUGAAGUAGAAGGGAUUUUGACAUUUUGUUGUGCAUACCCGAAUUGUAAUUCUUUGGGUAGAUGUUGUGAAGACAAUAGUUGGAAGAUGAUUGGUAUUUAUCGGUUCAAAGAGCCCAAUCUUUCUAUUUUGUUUCUCCUUUUGGAAGGUGUAAAUAUAAAUUUGACAGAAAUGAGAGAUGGGUUUAGUUACUUGUUUGCACCUUAUUUUUGUACUACUGCCUUUUCAUUUAGGUUGUAAUUAU